AUGCAGAGUCCUGAACGAAAAUUCGCUAACCACGGUAACCACAGCGCGCACGCUGUGUUCUGCCCGAAUAAGAAGCAUGGAGCUGAGAAGAGACUAGAUGGGGAGGUCGUAGGAUCUCGUGCUUCCGGCGAGAUCGGGGGGAUGCCACAGAAAUUGAAAUGGAACGUUGUGCGGCGUGCACACCAUCAGCGGCUUUUCCACGAAGACGAUGUGGAUUCCAAGAAUUACAAGGGCGGUCUGUCCACUCGAAAGCGUCAAGGGAAGGAAACGGAGGAGGAGACGCAGCUGCUGCCGGUCAGUGAUGAGUAUGAAUCCGACUUCAGCUCCAGCGAGGAAGAAGUUCCGGUUGGACAGCAGCCCUCGAUCAAGAUAAGAGCACCGAUUCACAAGGACAAGGCCUUGGCAGCUGUCCAGAAAUGCAAAGUUCUGCGAGGUCUGUCAAUCCGUGGGCAGGUCCGCAUCGCGAACAUGCUACAGUAUGUCAUAUACAACUCUGGAACGGAACUCUGGUCAGCACAAGAUGCUCAUGAAAAGCGUUUCGUGUUGAUUGAAUCAGGCGAGGUCGAGAACUGGCUGCCAGCCAGUUCAGACUCUGCCGAGCAGUUCGUGGGUCGAAGUGGGCCUGGUUCUGUCCUUGGCGGCUUAUUUGCCGUGGGCUCAUUCUCACACCCUGUGUUCACAGUCCGGGUAGCCAGCAACGACGAGCAGAAGCCACUGCAAGCCUGGGAAAUCAACAGCACAAACCACGUGCACUUCAGCACGAGUUUCCAUGCAGAAGAGAUGCACGUUCUGCGACGAAGAGUGCUUCAAGACCUUCGACUCCAGCUUCUGCCGUUCUUACAGCGUUGGUUGGCAGGCCGAGGUUUUUUUUCACGGUACUCUGGUGCAUUGAUUAGCAGGCUGGUGAAAGAUAUGGACUUAAGGCUUUUCGAGCCUGGCCAAGUCAUUUUCAAAGAGCGGGCACCCGGGCGCAGCAUGGGCUUGAUCGUACGCGGCUCGGUCGAGAUCUCCGCAAAUGGAAGGAGGGUCAUGUCAAAGGGGCCGGGACAGGAAAUCGGAGAAGCCGCUUUGCUGGAGACAGGGUACCGACGGCAUGCAACCACACGAUGCAGCGAGAAGAGCGAGUCGCUCCUGUUUAUGGUCAGCCGAGAUGCAUUUCAUGCCUGCUUCGAGAAGUUCCCCGACGAGAAAAUGAAGCUUGUCCAGCAAAUCCGCCACCGAAUCGCCAUGACGGCCCUUAAGGAAACCUUCGCUGGCUGCAGCCAGGAGUUCGUGCACCUCCUAAGCACAGAGUGUGAUAUCCUCCAUUUGGCUUGGCCGAAGACCGCGUGCAGCCCAACUGAUACGGAUGAGGCCAUGCACCUGUUUUACAGUGGUGAACUCACCGUGGAUAGCGAGAGCGAAUUUGAGCAAACAACCCGAUUUGCUAGAAAGUGGGAAAUUUUCGGUCUUGAGGCAGCCCUGGGAUUGCGCCAAGGGCCACCCAAAUAUAGCCUUACGGCAGGCCGCGCCGGCUGCACGCUAGUUCGGAUGACGAGAGCUUCUGUCGAAAAGGUUUUGCACUUUUUCCCGACUGAGCUGAAGCAAGUCUUACAUGCUGCUGGGUUAAGCGAUGUCCCAGAAAGUCACGCUUUCCUGGCGAAAAAGGACAUGAUAUGGAACACGGUACAGCCCCUUCUUUGCCAAAUGCUGUGCAACACAGACUUAGACUUGGAGUUCUGCCAAGCUCUUGCUCCACACUUUACGGCGGCUGUCUAUGAUGCUGGCUGCUUGAUAGCGUCCCAAGGUUGGGCAUCCAAGGAGGCCAUACUUGUGCUCGGCGGCGACGUCAGGUGGUCACAGGAAAAUAUGGCAUCUGGCAUUUGCUGUGCGCCCACAUACUUUGACGUGGCAUGUAUGUUUGGUGAGGGUGUCCAUGCAGCUAGCUUAACGGCCCAGACAACAACCAUCGUUUGGCGUCUUGGCUUGCAAAGUUCCAGCGGCUGUAUUCUGGAGGACGGUCACUUGGGUAAGCUGGCGAGCGAAGUGCGACGGGUUCAGGACCUGCAGCAACAAAUCCAAGAUAGCCUUCGGACGAGCCUGCGCAACAUGCGGACCUGGCGCAGGUUCCGAUCAGAAGUGAUCGAGAUCUUAUGUGACAAUCUGAACUUGCGCACGUUUCUUCCAGGUCAAAAAAUAUUGGAGGAGGGUGACCUGGGCGAGUCCAUUUUCAUCGUUGCACGUGGGCAGGUUGCUGUGCACACGCAAGGGAAGCCGAGCAUUCUUCAAGAGGGCGCCACUUUCGGCGAGAUGGUGCUUUUCGGCCAGGCACAUCGAAAUAUCAGCGCAGAAGCAGUGACACUUUGCAUACUCAAUGCAGUCCACAAGGACUUGGUCGGCUAUGCGUUGAAGCAGACACCCAGGGAUGCAGUUGUGCCUGAAAUUCUGCCAGCCAAAAAGAAAUACGAGCGAAGAAGGGACGCGGGAGGAGAGCAUCUUCAUUCAGCGAAGCAUGUUGAGGACACGUCGCAGGCGGACGCAUCUAGUCGGGAGCAGGCGGCGACCCCGACUCCCAAGAAGUUGCGUCAGCGCUUGGACCAGAGCUGGCUUGUCCAGAUGCCAUCCCCAAGAUUGCCGCCGGUCGACAUUGGCCUUUACAGGACACCUACGACGAUGAAUGCAAAGAUGCAGGGCGCCUUCAAGGGAAUAAUGCCCCCCACCGCAAUCAUGGCCGCAUCCCACAUGCAUGGAGUUCGAGAAGCGUAUCACCACAAAUGCCCGCGCAAGCGCUACACGAUCGGAUUUGAUGAGUUACCACCCCUGACGCCUGGCCGCAAGCGAGCGACGGCUGCAUACACGGACCGGCUGCAAAGGCUACAACCUUCCAGCCCACGAAGGAAGGCCUGUGAUCUUCCUGCAGGUGGCUGGCAGGACUCGCAGAAAGGCUUUGCAGUGGUGAGCCAUCUACAGACGCUGGCUGUCAGCCUGAGCCGAUUAAAUUCCAAGCCCAACACUUGCAGAAUCCUGCAGAAUGGGAUGAACGAACAGCACCACGAGCUUGAUCCAACAUUGCGGGCUCCCCCAGAACAGAUGUUUACUUACGCAAAGCAGCUCGAGCGAUCUGCUCUGGCCUAUGGGAUUAACAGUAAACCCAAAGAUCAGCCAGGGGGCGACCAGGGCCGGGACUCACCCACGGCAAUUUUGGACUACUUGUCGGAUGGCUCUGACAUCUCCGAAUUGAGCGAAUCGGAUCUCAGGCCGAGGCAGUCCGAGGACAAGCCGGUCCCGUUGAUCUACCUCGUCAGACGCAAGAUUUACGAGACCGUUGCAGAGGGGCAAAGCCUGGGCUGCCCAGUUUCCAUCCUCUUGGAAGGAGCACCUCGAGAAAGGUCUGGUCUGGAUGUUGAUGGCCAGCUCUUGCAGAUGGAACUGCACAUUGAUUUGGCUGCAAGCAGUGCUGACACUGUUGCAGCUUCCCUUCGGUCUUCGCCAGAAGCUGGCUCCCUCGGGUCGUCUGAGUCCAUGGCCGUUGUUGACCUGCUGCAGGACAGUCCAGGCAGCACAAGACUGCACAGUGCAGAAGCACAACACCUGGUGCUGCAAGUGAUGGAGAGCCUCCAUUGA